AUGACUUCCCGCCGGACGCACACCCUGCCGGUGUCGCUGACUAAAGCCUAUGGCGUCAUCAAGGCCAAGAUAUGCGUCAUGUGCGGCGAGGACAGGUGCCGGUUCCGGAUGUCCGCGAAGCCGAGCGUGGGGAAGCUUCCCGACACAUUCGAGGCCAUCACCUCGGACGUGGUCCUACGAGACGUGGGCCAGGUUCUCUCCCUGGGCGUCCUGCGGGUGUUGCGAAAGCCGAUGAAGAAAUUCACGCUUGCGGGGGUGGACGACGAGUGCCUUAAGGCCCUCCAGGCGGCCUGCGGCGACCGCCACGUGACGUUUGAUGACGUCAUGGCCUUCAUGGAGGACCGCAACCACGAGGUGGCCCUGGCGGAUGUCGAGGAGCGGGGCGGCUGGGCCAAGGGCACGCUGUACUUCAAGAACUGCAGGCGUGGGGGCUGGCAUGGGCCCCCGGGCCUGGAGCCCACGGACGCCGUGAUCCGGUCUCCCAGAUUCUGGCUGGAGUCGUUUAGGUCUAGGAAGAAGAGCGGGAGGGUGAAGGGCAUGCGGUCGGGGAGCAUGGGUUCCGGGGCGCUCAGCGAGGGGGCCUGGGCCCCAAGGGACGGGGUGGCCACUUGUUAG